AAACGGAUCGGAGCGGGGAAUACCCGAUUAGCACUUUGGGUUUGGGAGUAAAACCCAGAAGCACUCAGCAGCACACAGAAAUAACCCACUACUCCUCCAUCUUUUCAUUUCUUCACUUAGAAACCCAUAAAAAUCUCUCUUCCCAAUUUUUUCCUGAUUCGCGCUCGACAGCAGCCUGUAUCGUUUUUACUCUUUCCUUUCGUUUCUCUCUGCGUUCUCUUCUCUGUCGUUUUUGCCAACUCGUUCGCGUUUUGCUUCGUUCCCGAAAUCAUGGCCAAGGCCGUCGUCUCUGACGAAGAAGAUGAGGUCGAGUACGAGGAGGAAGAGAGGGACCCCGCUGAUGGAGAUGGUUUGGAAGACGGUCGGGAUGUGGACGAUGACGAUGAGGAAGAUGAAGAAGAAGGGCAGGAUGAAUAUGAAAAUGAUGGAUUUAUAGUGGAUGAUGUUGAAGAUGAAGAUGAGCAAGAUGAAGAAGAGAGGCCAGAAAGUGAUGAUGAGCGGCAGAAGAAGAAAAAGAGGAAGAAAAAGGAGGAGUAUGUCCUUGAUGAAGAUGAUUAUGAGUUGUUGGAGGAUAAUAACAUCAAUAUUCAUCGUCGGAAGGAGAGCAAAAAGUUCAAACGGCUGAAAAAAGGUCGGAGGGAUACCGAGGAGGAGCCCUCUGGAUUAUCUGGUGAAGAGUUUGAUGGGAGUGGUAAAGUUGGGCGAACUGCUGAGGAGAAGCUUAAACGCAGUUUAUUUGGUGAUGAUGAAGGAGCUCCACCUGAAGACAUUGUUGAAGAAGAGGAACAAGGAGAGGAGGAGGAGGAGGAUGCAGACAUUGGAGAAGAUGAUGAAAUGGCUGACUUCAUUGUGGAUGAAGACGUAAUGGAUGAGAAUGGAGAUCUUGUGAGACGAAGGAAGCUGAAGAGAAAGAAAACUAGGCAGGCACCAGGUGUCUCUUCAUCAGCUUUGCAAGAAGCACAAGAGUUAUUUGGUGAUGUGGAAGAAUUGUUGCAGAACCGCAAGCACAAACUGGAAUCGAAUGAAUAUAGAGAAACUAGACUUGAGGAUGAAUUUGAGCCUAUUGUCCUUUCAGAGAAGUAUAUGACAGAGAAAGAUGACCAGAUAAGGGAGCUAGACAUUCCGGAGAGAAUGCAGAUAUCUGAGGAGAGUACCGGUGCUCCUCCUAUGGAUGGAGGUAUUUUAGAAGAGGAGAGCCAAUGGAUAGUUAGCCAACUUGGCAAUGGUGCAGUCCCUUGGAUUUCCAAGAAAAUCACAAGCAAUCAAAAUGGGGCUAAGGAACUACCAAUUGAGAAGGAUGAUAUUUUAAGAUUUUUGGAAAUGCAUCAUGUGCAGAAAUUAGAUAUUCCUUUUAUUGCUAUGUAUCGGAAGGAGGAGUGCUUAAGCUUAUUAAAAGACCUUGAGCGAUCUGAAGAUGGUGAUGAGAAUUGGGAUAAGAAUAACAAGACACCUACUCUAAAAUGGCACAAGGUUCUCUGGGCUCUACAGGAUUUGGACAGGAAGUGGUUACUUCUUCAGAAGAGGAAGAGUGCCCUUCAGCAAUACUAUAGGAAAAGAUUUGAAGAAGAGUCACGCCGUGUUUAUGAGGAAACACGACUAAACUUGAACCGGCAGUUGUUUGAAUCUGUUAUGAGAUCCCUGAAGGAGGCGGAAUCUGAGAGGGAAGUUGACGACGUUGACUCCAAGUUCAACUUGCACUUUCCACCAGGUGAAGUUGGUGUUGAUGAAGGCCAAUACAAGAGGCCAAAAAGGAAGUCUAUGUAUAGCACUUUCAGUAAGGCAGGUCUGUGGGAGGUUGCAAGCAGGUUUGGGUGCAGUGCUGAGCAACUUGGGUUAUGUCUCUCACUUGUUGCUCUGCAUGAGUUGGAGGAUCCAAAGGAAACACCAGAGGAGAUGGCUUCAAAUUUUACAUGUACCAUGUAUGAUACCCCUCAAGAAGUACUUAAGUGUGCUAGGCACAUGGCAGCUGUUGAGAUAAGUUGUGAGCCUAGCAUUAGGAAGCAUGUUCGCACUCACUUUCUUGAUCAUGCGGUGGUGUCUACCUGUCCUACUGCAGAUGGAAAUACAACAAUAGAUUCUUUCCAUCAGUUUGCUGGUGUGAAGUGGUUGCGCGAGAAGCCAUUGUCCAAGUUUGAGGAUGCCCAAUGGCUCCUUAUACAGAAGGCAGAGGAGGAGAAACUUCUCCAAGUUACUAUUAAGCUUCCUGAAGAGUAUCUUAAUAAGUUAAUAGACCAAUUUAAUGAGUAUUAUAUUAGUGAUAGUGUUAGCAGAUCUGCUCAGCUGUGGAAUGAACAGAGGAAGCUGAUAUUGAAUGAUGCAAUCUUUCGGUUUCUCUUACCAUCUAUGGAAAAGGAGGCAAGAGGUGUUUUGUCAAGCAAGGCAAAGAAUUGGUUACUUAUGGAGUAUGGGAAGGCAUUGUGGAGUAAGGUUUCUGUGGGGCCUUAUCAGCAGAAGGAAAAUGAUCUUAGCUCUGAUGAAGAGGCCGCUCCUAGGGUUAUGGCAUGUUGUUGGGGCCCUGGCAAACCACAGACAACUUUUGUUAUGUUGGAUUCUUCAGGAGAAGUGCUAGAUGUGCUUUACACUGGGUCUCUUACUUUUAGAUCACAGAAUGUCAAUGACCAACAACGGAAGAAGAAUGACCAGGAACGCGUGCUUAAGUUUAUGACAGAUCACCAACCACAUGUUGUUGUUUUGGGAGCUGUAAAUUUGUCUUGCACUCGUCUAAAGGAAGAUAUAUAUGAGGUCAUUUUUAAGAUGGUAGAGGAAAACCCUCGAGAUGUUGGGCAUGAAAUGGAUGGGCUCAGCAUUGUGUAUGGGGAUGAAUCUCUUCCCCGUCUUUAUGAAAAUUCACGAAUUUCCUCCGAACAACUUCCUUCCCAACAAGGUAUAGUGAGGCGGGCUGUUGCACUUGGUCGAUAUCUUCAGAACCCAUUGGCAAUGAUUGCAACAUUAUGUGGACCUAGAAAGGAAGUAUUAUCAUGGAAACUGAGCUCUUUAGAGAGCUUUCUUAACCCAGAUGAUAAGUUUGCUAUGAUUGAGCAAGUUUUGGUAGAUGUGACUAAUCAGGUUGGAUUAGAUAUUAAUCUGGCGAUAAAUCAUGAGUGGUUAUUUGCACCAUUGCAAUUUGUUUCCGGGCUUGGUCCACGAAAGGCUGCAUCCUUACAGAGAUCGUUGGUGAGAGCUGGUGCAAUUUUUACUCGGAAAGACUUCCUGACAGAACAUAAACUGGGUAAAAAGGUGUUUGUCAAUGCAGUUGGGUUUUUGCGUGUACGACGAAGUGGGUUGGCUGCUAGCAGCAGCCAGUUUAUUGAUUUGCUGGAUGAUACAAGAAUCCAUCCAGAAUCAUAUAGUCUUGCUAUAGAGUUGGCUAAAGAUGUCUAUGAGGAGGAUGGAACAGGUGAUGCAAACGAUGAUGAUGAUGCUGAGAUGGCCAUUGAGCAUGUGAGAGACCGGCCUAGCUAUUUGAAAAACCUAGACGUCGAGGAAUAUGCUGCUGGAAAGAAACGCCAGAACAAGAUAGAAACUUUCUAUGACAUAAAAAGAGAACUGAUUCAAGGUUUCCAGGAAUGGCGUAAGCAAUAUGAAGAACCAAGCCAGGAUGAGGAGUUCUAUAUGAUUUCAGGUGAGACUGAGGAGACUCUGGCGGAAGGUAAAAUUGUCCAAGCCACUGUUCGCAGAGUGCAAGCCCAGAAAGCAAUAUGUGGGCUUGAAUCUGGAAUGACUGGAAUCCUUAUGAAAGAAGACUAUACUGAUGAUUGGAGAGACGUAGUUGAACUUUCUGAUAGGAUACACGAGGGUGACAUACUCACGUGUAAAAUCAAGUCAAUUCAAAAGAAUAGGUAUCAAGUCUUCCUUGUUUGUAGAGAGAGUGAAAUGAGAAGCAACCGUUUUCAAAACAACCGUGAUCUUGAUCCUUACUACCAUGAAGACAGAAGCUCUCUGCAGAGUGAUCAAGACAAAGCUCGGAAAGAAAAGGAGCUUGCGAAGAAGCAUUUCAAGCCGAGGAUGAUUGUCCAUCCACGCUUUCAAAAUAUAACUGCUGAUGAAGCAAUGGAGUUCUUGUCUGACAAAGACCCUGGGGAAAGCAUUAUUCGUCCUAGUUCACGUGGACCUUCAUAUCUUACUUUAACGCUCAAAAUUCAUGAUGGAGUGUAUGCCCACAAAGAUAUAGUUGAAGGUGGAAAGGAACAUAAGGACAUUACAAGCUUGCUUCGAAUUGGGAAGACACUCAAAAUUGGAGAGGACACUUUCGAGGAUUUAGAUGAGGUUAUGGACCGUUAUGUUGAUCCCUUGGUGACUCAUUUAAAGGCAAUGUUAAAUUACCGCAAGUUCAGGAAGGGUACAAAAGCAGAAGUUGAUGAACUUUUGAGGCUGGAGAAAUCUGAGUAUCCAAUGCGCAUUGUCUAUAGUUUUGGCAUCUCGCAUGAACAUCCUGGAACAUUUAUAUUAACUUAUAUAAGAAGUACAAAUCCACAUCAUGAGUACAUUGGACUUUAUCCAAAAGGAUUCAGAUUUCGCAAGAAGAUGUUUGAGGACAUUGAUCGGCUUGUGGCGUAUUUUCAGAGGCAUAUUGAUGAUCCCCAGCAUGAUUCAGCCCCUUCCAUAAGAUCUGUGGCUGCUAUGGUACCAAUGCGAAGCCCUGCGGCUGGUGGUUCAUCAGGGGCAUCUACAGGUAGUGGCUGGGGAGGUUCAAACAAUGAGGGUGGUUGGAAGGGUAACUCCUAUGAUAGGGAUCGAUCAUCUACUCCUGGUUCCAGGACAGGACGGGGAGAUUACAGACACAAUAAUAGAGAUGAACACCCUAGCGGAGUGCCUCGUCCAUAUGGCGGUGGACGUGGUCGCGGACGCGGACGUGGUCGAGGUUCUUACGAUAACAAUAGAGGACAUGGCUCCAAUAAUGAAAGGCAGGACUCCGGGUAUGGUGGAUCUAGAUGGAGUUCGGCUAAAAAGGAUGCAGAUGAUUUAAGCAAUUUUCCAGGGGCUAAGGUCCAAAAUUCUCCUGGAAGAGAAGCUUUCCCUGGUGGUUGGGGGGGAAGUGGUGGAGGUAGCAGCAGUGGUUGGGGAGGUGGAAAUAGCGGCGAUGACAACGGGGGAUGGGGUGGUGGUGCAGGUCCAAGCGACACCGAUAAUGGAGGCUCCGGCUGGGGAGCUGGCUCUAAGAAAGCAUCUGACAAUGGAUGGUCUGGAAAUGCUGGGGGCGGCUCUGGUUGGUGAACUGUUGAGAACUUAGUUUAGCUUGCCCUCAGGCAGUUGCUUCAUGUUCAAUUCAUAUUUGACCUACAUUAGCAUAGCAUACCUGUGGGGGGAUUAGCUUCAUCUGAAGUCAUUUGACUGACUGACAUGUAAUCAACCCUCUUUGGCGCCUACUUUUGCACUCGUAAUUUGGUUGUAAAUAUGUGUAAACUUGAACAGAUGUAGUCGAGCGCACGGGAGAGUGCAUUUGAUUUUGUCAUUUUUGCUGAAAUUAGGUAGUAACUUUUAUGAAAUUAUUGGUUUUUUGGCUGCCUGUUAGGUGAUGCUUUUAUGAGGAGCAAAAUCUUAAAA